AUGAUUACUCUCCGUCCAUUACACUACACACUCCCUUUCUCUUCUUAUUGUUACAUUCUUUACUUUACACUAUUUAUCUGCCUUCCUUUCUCUUCUUUCCUUCUUAUUACCCACUUUCAUUUUCUUGUUUUUACUACCCAACCUUUUCUCUUUUUACUUUCAAUCUUUUCUUCUUCCCUUCCCCUUGCUUUCUACUCUCCUUUCUUUCCUCCUUUCUUUCCUCCAUUUACAGAAUUUCUGGUUACUCGCCCCCUUCCUCAUUUACUCCCCUUCCUUCCUUCUUUUCAAUCCCUUCAUUUCCUCUUUUUAUCCUCCUUCCUUUUCUUCUUUUUUACUCUCCUUCCUUUCCUCUAUUACCCCCCUUCAUUUCCUCUCUUACUUAUCUUUCUCUCUUCCUUGCUUUCCUCUUUAUACUCUCCUUCCUUUCAUCCUUUCACUUAUCUUCUCAUCCCUUUAUUAAUCACUUAA